ACAAGCUUUGAGAAUUCUUUCGGGAAGACCACUUCGGGUUCUGAUUGUUUAACCUCCUUUUUCGCCGGCUGCUUCGGUUCCUUUUUCGAGGGUUCCUCAGCUAAUUCGCUCUCUGAGCUAGGCUCGUCGGACUCAGCAGCCUCUUCGGAUUCCUUUUCCUCAUCCUCAUCUUCCUCUACUUCCUCGUCAUCUUCCUCGCCGUCCACCUCCUCUUCAACGUCCUCAUCUUCGAGGUCAUCGGGCACGAAUUGGCCAGCGGCAGCCAAGAUGCUGGACAAUUCCUUCCGCAGCGAUGCAUCGUCUGAAUUUCCUUUUGACUUCUCGGAAGUGUCUGCAUCCUCUUCUUCCGAGUCGACUCCCGCAAGCAUUUCAAAAUCCUCCUCUGUCCCUCCGAGAGCCAGAAUUUCCUGCCUGAGAGUAUCGUAACCGUCCUUAUUCGCCGGAUUCUGCGACUUGUCCUGUUUCUUCUCAUCCCUAGCAAUCACAUCGCCGUUGCGAUCGCGCUUCUUGCCUUGAUUGUUCUUGUCGGAGCCAGAUUUCGAUUUCGCAUCGGAUUUCGCAGGACUUUGCUUAGGCUUCUUCGCAUCUUCGACAGGAGCCGGUUUGGACUUGUUAGUCUUGGAAUUUUGCUUGUUCGCCCCGUCCUUCAGCCUCUGCUCGAUCUUUUGGCGGAGACCCGCAAAAGCGCUCUCCUCAAUUUGAGGGAAAGUGUCUGCCUCAGUGUCGGCUUUGGGAGCCUCUUUGAUGGCACUACCUUUGACCGGGACCGAGUUUGCCCCAGUGGACUGCUUUCCCUUGCCUUUAGCCAUGAUAUAGAAUGGCUAUUUGAUUUGGCUGGUGGGCUGCUGGUUCCUGAUCGGCCGCUUGUUUCUCAAUUUUUUUUAUUCUGCCGCUCGAAAGAGGCCGCCGGAAAAGCUGUUUUGCCGAGACGCCGACCGCAUUUCUGGGGCAUCGCAUGAGUUGCGGAAUUCACUAUUUACAUACGCAGCAUAAAUUAUUGAAUCGGUUUAUCGGGCCAAUCUUCUUGGACCUAAUUGCUGGAGGAGAUUUUUGGGUUAUCUGGGCAAUUGGACUUGACGAUUCAUGAUCUCCGGGUUUCGCCCGGCGGCGGGCCGGUUCCUGAGACCAGGCCAAACAUACAUAUGGAAUUUAGGGCGACACCAAAUAGCGAGAUGUAACGUUCAUACCGACGGCCGAAGUCGGAUAUCCAAUUUUUGGAUCCCAACAGGAGGUAUCAGUAAGAAACAUGUCGAAGAAAAAGAGGAUGUCAAUGACUUGCUAGUACGGGGAGGGUUCUAUCGACAGGCAUACUCGGGGAUCUUCCAUAUGUUGCCUUUGGGCUUGCGAGUGCAGGAGAAGCUAGAGCGCCUUAUCGACAAACACAUGCAGUCACUAGGCGCGUCGAAGGUGUCGUUGUCUUCCAUUUCGUCGCAGGAGCUCUGGGAGCAGUCCGGACGCCUAAAGGAAGGCUCAGAGGUCUUUCGUUUCCUUGACAGGAAAGAGUCUCGAUUUCUCCUCGCGCCAACACACGAGGAGGAAAUCACUACGCUAGUGGGAAACCUCACCAAGUCAUAUCGUGACCUGCCCCUUCGGGUAUACCAAAUAUCAAGAAAAUACCGAGAUGAGCCUCGGCCACGCCAAGGCCUACUUCGAGGCCGAGAGUUCAUCAUGAAGGAUCUCUACACGUUCGACCACAGUGUCGAGGAGGCUCUAAAAACCUACGAUUUAGUGCGCGGGGCCUACACGAGGCUCUUUGAUGAGCUGAAGCUACCUUAUUUGACGGCUGCCGCGGACUCGGGCAACAUGGGCGGAAGUCUAAGCCAUGAGUUCCACUUUUCCAGCGCCAAGGGCGAAGACACGGUCGUUAGCUGCUCCAACUGUGAUAGCGUGUACAACGAAGAGCUUGCAGAUGGAAAGGCUCACAGUGCAUCGGCUGAAUCUGAUUCGGCCCCCGGGUUUGAUACCGAAGCAGCGCCUGUUUCACCGGGCGCAAGGGUCUCCACUGGCCUCUGGAUGGCCAUCUCAAAGGACAAGCGGACCCUGCUCCGCGGCUGGUACCCACACUUUACCAUGCAAAAUGGCACCACAGAGCCAGUGCAACGGGAGGUAAACUCCCACGCAGUCAAAGCCAUUGCCAGCGCCGCCGGCAUCGAGCUCGACAUUGGCGUAGAAAACCCACUCGAGCAAUGGGCCGCACAUGUAAAAGCGUCCAAGGCACCCUCGGCCGACUCUACCGAGCGUCCGCAAGUGCUGGACCUGUACGACUCGCUGGUGCGCGCCUACAAGCGACCUCCGCUCAGCGACCUUCUCCAGGAGGCUGACUGCGCCGCCGAAGACCUAGACUAUCUCCGCCUCGACACGUUCCCGGGAACCAACCAGGGACUCAACCUAGUCAAGGUUCACGACGGCGACCAAUGCCCCAAGUGCACACAGGGCGCCCUCAAGUCGCACACGGCCGUCGAGCUGGGUCACACAUUCCACCUGGGAACACGGUACAGUGACGUCCUCGCAGCGUCUGUCAUGAUCGAUGGCGGAGCCACGGUACCCAUGCAGAUGGGCUGCCAUGGAAUCGGCGUCUCGCGCAUGAUCACCGCAGUCGCUGACUGUCUCGCGGACUCCAAGGGGCUCAACUGGCCUCGUGUUCUCGCGCCCUUUGAGGUAAUCGUGGUCCCUACCAAGGGCCUUGAAGCCGAGGCCGAGAAGAUCUACGAUGAAAUCACCUCCGGCAAAGCCUCGCCCAUUGACGCCAUCCUCGACGACCGCGACAAGCAGAUGGGCUGGAAGCUGGGAGAUGCAGACCUCAUUGGAUAUCCGGUUAUUGUGGUCGUCGGCAAGGGGUGGAAGAAGCAGCGCACCGUGGAGGUGCAAUGCAGACGCUUAGGGAUGCGGCAGGAUGUGGCGUUGGAGGAGCUGUCGUCGGUUGUCCAGGAUAUCCUGCGGCAGCUAUAG